UGCAAAUUGAUCCUGGUUCGAACACCUGUCUGCUUGCCAUAUCACUCAAGUCAAUCCUAGAAAAUUGAACGUUUGCGCUAUUGUAGGCGACUGGAAUCUUCUCAGUUCAACGUGUGUCACACUUGUCAAAUUCGCGCAUCGCCCUUGACCUGUUCCAGAUACAAGGAACAUUCUUGAGCCCUAAGACCCGGAUACGCACCUGCGCGACACCGCGUCGAACCACCCCCCCUUCAAAAGCUCUCCCAACCCCAUGAACUCAGCUGAAGAUGCGGCCAACUUGUCCACCCGCGAAACGAAUGCCGGCAGCCAUACAAUGGACUCGACCUCGGAGCCGACAAUGACGACGGCCACAAUGACUGCUGUUGCGACCACGUACAAGCCAGAGCUGGCCCCUGCCCCGUUAUCCCCGGCGAAUAUUACUGAAGAGCCUGCGAUGGAGGAAAAACCCCUAGUGAACAAGCCAGAAAGUGCGGAGACCAGCGGUAGCGGUGGUGGGGAUGAUAUGAUGACCAAGGUCUUUCAGUUCCUCUCCACCGCCACUCCGGAGACAUUGGCCGGUGUGGGGUUCGGUCUGGCAGCGAUCACCUAUUUUAUACUCGGCCAGCUGGGCCUGCUUCUCAUUGGCGCAUUUGCGGGAGUCACGGCAUUUAUAUCAUGGGAGUCCAAGAACCCGCAGGUCUCGCUGAGCAUCAAGGGAGAGAAAGGGACCGAAGUCCUGACGAGGAUAUUAGACCUUAAGGAAGAUAUGCGAAGGAGCAAGGCGGAUGCGUCAUUAGCAAAGCAGGGCGACGAAGGCACGGAUCUGAAGGGAUUUGAAGAUUUCCAGCCAGAGACACGGGAUGCUUUGAAUAACCUGGUCGAUGCAAUCAUCCGGGAUUACGUCAAGUGGUGGUACAGUCCUCUUGUACCCAUGGACCAAACCUUCCCGUUGGCUUGCCGCAAGGUCCUCACCUCCUUCCUCAUCUCUGUCUCCAACCGGCUAAGCAGGAAGCGUCCUGCAGAUACAUUCCUCGACUUUCUUACCAACUCGUCGUCCAUCGUCAUCGUCUUCUUCUCUGAGCUGUCCACGGCGCUGACAGAAGAACCCCCGAAUGAUACACGGAGUGUGACCGACUCUGUCGGUAGCUACUUGGUCGCAAAUCCCGACUCCAACUUGGCGAACCUGUUGAACCAGAAACAGCAGGCCGCCAAGUUCAGAAAUGUGGCGGAUGACCUCCUGGGCUUCCUCGACAAGCCAACAUAUGGUUGUGAUCCGGCUCGGCUAUUUCUCCGAGAGAUCCUGGCUGGGGUGGUACUAGAGAUGACUCUCAAGUCCUGUUCGAAGCCGGAAUGGAUUAACGGCUGGAUUGUGUACCUGCUCGAGGGCGGGGAGCCUGAUUUCAACCAAGCCAUUGACGUUGGGAUGCAGACAGGUCCCGAUCCCAGCAAGAGCUCCACCGAGGUCGACAGCAAGAGCGGCCGCAACUCUGUAGAUGUGGAAAAGUCCCAACGCAAGGAGAGCCUGUCCAAUCACAGGAAAAAGCUGAGCAAAGCCGACGAGGAGAUGGAGAACGCACUGGAAGAGAUGAAGAAGCUCAACCAGAUGAUAGCCGACGAGGAGGCGCGAAGGAAAAAGGGACCGGCUGCAGGUAUGGACCAGGGAGGAGAGUCUAAAAGCGCUGCCGAGGCAUCAUCGCGACUCGCGGACGCAAUGAAGCGCAAUGUCGAUACUCUGGACAUUCAGGCGAAUUUGGUUCCAGACGCGACUAUCCAAAAAAGUCCCGGGCCGCUGUCGCCGACCAGUAAACAAACAUUACCCAGCGAUGUUUCUGGGGAUGAAUCUUCGGCAAGAACCGGCUCUACACGAGGGCCCCUUACUCCGGGAUCUUCAGAAAUGGAGACACCUAGUCAUCCUUCAUCACCGUUGAAAGAGGAAAUCACUGCACAAUUUACCAAUUUCGACCAGCUCGUCCCGCCUGCACAGGAUGAGCCGGAGCCUGACGCGGAACCUGCACGCAACAGCCCAGAACCGCUCACUCUGCACAACGCGAGCAUCACCAUCCAUGACGACGGCAUGUCCGACGCCAAGAAUCGCAUCAAGAACAGACCGACCUGGGACUAUCUCAUCCAAGUGGAACCCGCAAACCCACAGCACGCGGGAUGGAUGAUUGUACGCAAGUACGCCGACUUUGAACAGCUGCACGAGAUCUUGGCGCGGAUUGCCAAGAUUUCAGGGGCUACCGCGUUUACGGAACAGCACGGCAACCUGCCAGCCUGGCGCGUGCAUACCAAGGUCUCACUGCGCGGGGAGCUCGAACGCUAUUGCCGUGAUGCAUGCCAGAACAAGUCGCUGGCUACGAGCGAGGGCAUGAAGCGAUUCCUCGAAAAAGACAUCAUGCAUACUCGCGCCCAGUCAAAAUCAGGGUUCGAAGCCUUUGAAACCAUGGGCAAAAACGUCUUUGGGGUUCUCACCAGUGCGCCCAAGGGCGUCGCUGAUGGAGGCAAGGCUGUUGUUGGUGGCGUCACAGGGGUUCUGGGCAACUUUGGCCUCGGCUCGAGGAAGAACACAAGCACCUCAUUGAAGCAGCUACCGCAACAGCAACAGCAACAGUUGGACACUGAUCAUCCUACACCGGCUCCAAACACAAUCACGAAACGGCAUUCUGUGCCCCUAGCUUCCCCGACCAGGAAUGACAGCGGCCUCUCCGUGAUAAACAAUGGCCUCAUAAGUCGGGAUAGCAUGGACAGCCAGAGGUCGUCUGUCAUUUCAACUCAACCGGCCAAGAUCCCCCCAAUGGAGCGCCGACCCAGCUAUAACUCGCAGCACGAAGGUGUUGACGGGACAGCGGGAGAUUCGGCAGGCUUACGGCCUGACCGCUGGGAUAUGGCGUCACCAACGAGCGCGAUAAGCAGCCGUAACCACAGCCGUGCAUCAAGCGUGGCGCCUCUUCGGUCGCCAUCAUCCACGAGCCUGAGUGGAUUGAAGCUGCCGCCUCCGCCUACUGAGAUUCCAGAUGAUUAUGGCAUGCCUGUGACUGCUGUGAAGCCCACGCCUCUUCAGGAAGGUAACGCGGCGGUGGCAACGGCAACUCCAUCACCCUCCAACCCCGCGUCUACAAAUGGCUUCGGGCGGCCUCCUAAGCGGCAGCCGCGGACAUUUUCACCAUUAUCGGAACAGGAGACGAGCGUGGCGGUGGAGCUCCUGUUUGCCGUCAUCACGGAGCUCUACACGCUCUCGCCGUCGGCAUGGAACAUUCGGCGGACGCUCCUGGCUGCGGCCAAAUCGUUCCUUCUGAGGCCCGGAAAUCCUUCUCUCGAGUCCAUCAGGCUGCUGAUCCAAGAGACGGUCCUCGACUCGGCGGCCUCGGAUGAGAGCGUGGCGGCACAGCUGCGCAAGCUACGGGAGAACUCGGUCCCGACGGAAGAAGAGCUCGCGGCGUGGCCGCCCGAGAUGUCGGACGAGGACAAGACCAAGUUAAGGAUCAAGGCCAGGAGGCUGCUCAUCCAGAGCGGAGUUCCAGCGGCGCUUUCGGGUGUCAUGGGUCAGCAGGCGACGAGCGAGGCACUGGGAAGGGUCUUUGACUGUCUUCAGGUCGAAGAGGUGGCCAGGGGUCUGCUCUUUGGUAUCAUGUUGCAGGCCGUGCGGGCGAUUACACACUGAGCUUGUUUUUUUUUGUUGUUGUUGUUGCUGCCUGUGGUCCGGGGCGAGACUGGGGACUGUGAUGUUUGCAUGAUGAUGAUGCUCGUAUAGGCGUUGUGCAUUUUGUGACGGGGUGUGUUUUUGGAGUAUGCUCACUUGGCUGGCACUGGCUUUACAGGUUUUGUUGAGUUUGUAAAAGGAAAAACAGCAUGAGGAUUUUGUACCGGCGCAUGUACGAAUCUAGGGCGUCUUUGAUGAUUGUGCGUUUGGGGAUUACAUCUUAGUAGAGCUUUUGCAACAGUUGCACAGCAACAGAUCUUUUUUUUUUUUUUUUU